AUGAAAAAUUCAACUUGUCUUCAGCCAUCGUUAGCUACUACUGUAGCUCUACCAGUCAUCUACUCUUUCCUAUUUACUACUGGCAGUUUUGGAAAUAUUCUUUCUGCCUGGAUAUUUUCAAGGCAAAUACCUACAAAAAGAACACAAUACAUUUACCUGGCAAAUCUUGUUGCUGCAAAUUUACUCAUAUGUAGUACUAUGCCUUUUCUGGCUGCCUACUUUGCAAGUGGGUCUCAAUGGACAUACGAUUCCGCAGCAUGUAGAAUAGCAAAUCACCUUGGAACUCUCCUUAUGCACAUCAGUAUGUAUGUAACCAUUACAAUUUUAUGUUCGAUGGCUCUAAGUCAGUAUGCAACACUGAAGAAAAGCAAUGACCUCACACAAUACUCUCAAACAGUUAAUGAAAGCUUUUACAGAUGUGUGCUUGAAAAGUUUCGUCAGCCAAAAUUUGCUAAACACUUGUGUAUCACUAUAUGGCUUAUCGUGGUGUGCAUAACUGCAAUAGCUGUAACAUACGAUGCCAAGGCAAAGCCUGUGCAAGAAUUUCACAAAUGCUACAAUAUCAAGGUAGAAUCUGGUGAAUAUACCACAAAGAUUGCGGUUUCUGUUGCUACUGCAUGUUUUUUUGUAUCUUUUAUAACAGUAGUGCUGUCAUACUAUUCGCUUACCAGACAUCUGAGUAAAAUACAAAAAAACACCUGCAUUGGAAAGAAACAUCUGAUUUACAGAACAGUCAAAAGAAACAUUCUUGUAAUUCAGAUAAUAUUAACUGUCUGCUUUCUUCCGUAUCACAUUUUUAGGCCACUUUUUUAUGUUCUGCUUACAAAUAAAGACUGCCAAAGGUUAAACUAUCUAGUGGAAAUUAAAAAUUUCCUUACUUGUCUUGCUGCUGCUAAGAGUAGCUUAGAUCCACUUAUAACCCUUCUUCUAGACAAAACAUUUAAAAAAAGUCUGUAUGGCCUGUUUAGAAAAUCCACAUAA